CCGCUUUGGUCGUGUACACGCUUAACGGAUCCGAUACCAUCCCAUCCAUCCGCGUAAAUACUUGUAGAAUCGAAAGGAUCGGGCAGCGUCUUCAAGCUGGAUCACAUCUUCGAGGAUUACCAACGGCAACAGUUUCAUAAAAUGUCGCACGGCGAGCGUAAGGGUCGCCUCAAUGUGGUCAAGUUUCUGGAAUUGGGGUUUGCAGUGGCCUGUUUGGUGCUGCACUUUUACAGCUUCAAUGAUCGGGAUAUUAUGACAUCGUUUCUGGCCACCGGCACCUUCACGGGCUACAUUAUCGUGGUGAUUGGUGUGUUUGCUGGCGUUCUGAUGCGGGCACCCAUCCACAAGCGCAUCGACAUAUUCUUCAGCGUCCUGGGCUGCGCCAUGUUUGUGGCCAGCGGUGUGUUCAUCAUUGAGGCCUGGGAGUUCUCCUUCAGGACACGGACACGCGACCUGGCGCUGAUCAAGGCCUCACUGUCGAUCGUCAAUGGCGUGCUGUUUGGCUUCGAUGCCAUCUUCACCUUUCGGGACAAGUGAAGUGAAGGCCGCACAAAACUUGUAUUUUUUUUCUCUCUUUCAUAUGCAUUUAUUAGGCGUUAAGUCGAUUCAGAUUCAGAGUUCAUUUACUUUAUUUAUUUAUAUAUUUUUUACUCAAACAUUCGCUCUUUAGAAUAACACUAACCACACAUACAACUGAAUAGCUAACAACUUACUCGCGAGCUCCCCCAAGUUCUACCCUUACCCAACGUGCUAUGCUGUGCUGAUGGUGAUGUUGUUGUUUGUGGUGGUGUCUUAGAUUAAUACAACUGCAGAGGUUCUAGCUACUCUAGCGCUAUCCCUCGGGUGCAUGCUUAGAGUUUAACACAAUUGCAAAUUGGAGACACUUGAUGCAUCUAUGAUUGUUACAUUUUCAGAUUGCUUUGCCUUUGCCUUUGCUCUACACAAAAAUGGGUCUUAGUUUACAUUUGCAUACGUUCAGAUCUAGUCUUUAACGAUUCCAUGCGUCGGAUCGAUGCGUUGGAUUGCCCGAGAGUGAGACCAGAGACGCUCCUAGAUACUCCAGCAGCUCGCAUGCAUCUAGCCUCUCCUCUCUGUUAUUCAACGCAUCGGACGACGAUGGUUACAAUUGCUUUUCUCUUAAACGCAUCUAAGAUUGCUCAUACAUUUUGCAUACACGUUAGUAACUCUCUAACUCACGAUGAUCGUCCUUGUCCCCUAAACUCGCUUAAAUGUAAGUGCAAUAAUUGUUGUUUUUGUGUGAGUUUUAGUCUCAAUAAAAAGUAAAUUGU